AUGUCGUUUGGCUACUCAGUGGGUGACUUCAUAGCAGGAGCGAAUAUCACGUAUCGCCUUAUUCGUAUUCUCGCAGAUUCCAGCGGUGCCAGCGAGGAGUAUCAGGAAGCCAUGCUGGAGCUCAGUGCGAUGCAGCAGGCGUUUCUGCAAGUGAGCCAGAUGACACAGAACCCCGUUAUUCCCCAGGCGACCGUCAACUCUGCGUCUCAUAUCGUGAUGUCAGCGAUGGACAUCAUCUCUCACUUCCUGGACAGGAGCCGGCGUUAUCAGAAGAAGCUAGGCGGUGCCUUUAUAAGUCCACUGCCCCUGACUUAUAGUCGAUAUUCCAUGCAGUUACCAAUUGUGCGGGCCCCAGCGCUAUAA